AUGGCGUACAGAGCGGCGGACGACAGCUUCGUGGAGCGAGAGCCGUCGAGACAUGUCGACUACCUGUCGCAUCCGUGGCGCGAGGAAGACGUCUGGAGCUCAUGGAGAUACAUCGCGGCCAGAAAGGAAGACUACGAGAGUGGACACAGACUGGAGAACGCUGCAUGGCGUUCCUGGGCAAGGAUACGGUUCGGCCUUGGGUGGUUCCCUGCUGAGGCUCUGAACUGGCAAAAGGACAUCGACGUCACUUGGCUGUACGGGCCGCUGCAGGUGCUGGGCGACGAGGCGGACGACCGGUCGAGCACUGCGUCGCCGGCUCCCUCGUCUCCAGCGACGUCAAACUCAUCGCUUAUCGAUAAAAAGCCGAUCCUCAAGAAGCGGACCAUUUCUCAAUCGAUACUGCAACGGACUCACUCCAGCCACACGUUUCUGCGUCUGGCCAACGCCCUGAUCAAGGCCCAGGACGGGGCGGAUGGCCGCUACCUCGCAGACUACCCCGUCGAGAUGGCGCUUGGCCUGCCCUCCGACAGCUCCAUGUCGGGCCUCUUCUUCCAGGAGAACAAGGGGGAUCUGCCGGACAAACGACACAUCAGCUUCAGCAACGAGGUUGCACAGUGCGUUGCCGUCGAGGACGACGACGAGCCGUUUGAUGGAGAGUAUUACGGCUACUACAGCCAGGCCCCGGAUGGCUCUGUGGUAGAAGAAGACGAAACCUCGGACGACGGCGUCGUGAUGGCAAGACACUACCCGGAGAGGCCAUCACUCAGCUCACAUAGCAGCACACCACGCAGCAGCUUCAGCAGCGAUAGCAGGAUUAUCGCACACUUGCCCUCCACCACUCUCAAGUACCGGCCUGAUACCCCAGAGCAGAAGCAGGAGACCCCGCGACCCGUACGACCUACCUUGUCUCGCUCGUCUUCAGCUGAAACUCUCCGUCCACCAAACCACCAUGUUGCUGCUAGAACUUGCUCUCACGGAGACUUCUUCUUGGACGAAGAGUAUGGAGUGGACGAGGACUGGAAUACCGGCUGGGAUACCGAUUGGAAUGCCCAGCAGACAGCACCCAGACACCAAACUUCAUCUUCAUCUUCUUCAUCCACUACUAUCCCUACAUCUACAUCUCUCCCGUCCCUGGCAGGCCAAUGGUUCGGUAACUCGAAGGCCAAGGCUAGCAUCAGCGAGCAAGGGAAAUACUUCUCCUCCUCUGGUGUCUUCAUGCCAUUUGGGUAUGGCGACAACAGCUCUGAUGAAGACUACGAGUGGCCCGAGGAGGCUGAAGACACAAACUCGGGUCGUGGCGUGAUCGAUCGGGUUAUCGACACCGUCAACACGGCCAGAGAUAUCGCUCAUGUUAUAUGGAAUGUCGGCUGGCGCGGCUGA